UGAAGGUGAUGGCGUCGAGGCGUGUGGAGGUUCUGGCUCUGUACCGGCAUGUUCUCCGGAUCGCUCGCAGCUGGCAGGCUCAGUCAUCACUCACACACGACACAGAGAGAGAGAGGACGUACAUCAUACAGGAGGCACGCUCACUGUUCACACAGAACAAACAUCUGACAGACCCAGAGUUAAUCAGUAAGUGUGUGGCAGAGUGUGAGGCUCGAAUAGAACUCGGUCUUCAUUACAGAAAUCCAUAUCCCAGACCUUUGUAUCUUCCUCCGAUGGGCUUGGCCACUCAGAAAGGCAGAAAGCUUCGAGCGCAGCAGCGACUCAGGAACCAAGCCAAGCCUGUGUACUUACAGUCCCAUGAUGAGACAUAACACACACACACACACACACACACUGUCAUUGUUUGUACAUUGACUAUGUAUAUU